AUGAGGCAUUCUGCAACCACAGCUAACCGCUUCAGAAACAACGAUGCGACGGAUCUUCCCCGUGCUCGCGAUGCGCCCGAUUGGGCCAUCUUUGUGAGCCUCAAAUGCCAGGGAAAAGGCCUCAAAUGUCUCGUCGACCCCGGGCAACUCGAUCGCGGGGAGGAUGCACUUCCUAAGAAGUGUGACGAGCUGCGUCCUCAAUGCGGUGAUUGCCGUCGCCUAGGUAUUUCCUGUGUCUGGAAGUCUCCCUCGCCCUCUCUUUCCUCUGACGACUCUCCAUCUUCUCAUGUUAACGAUGUCGCCUCGACCCCGUUGCCUUCCGCGGAUUUGCCUACUCUGCCUUCACCCGCCUUUCUCGACGACGAAUCUUCCCUUCUCAUAGACCCCUCAUGGCCGAUUCUGGAUUUCGCUAUCCCCAGUCCUGGAGCAUUCCCCGUACAAAUACCGCUCAAUCCACAUCUUCAGACAGAUGAGGACAUAUCGUUGUUCAACCACUACGUGCACAUCGUGUCCCGCUCUCUAUUACGAUCUGCCAAGUCAGAUGAGAACCCGUUCCUCAGAACUUUGCUCCCCGUGGCUGCCACCUCGGACAUGGUGACUAGCGUCAUCUUGGGGCUUAGUGGUAGUCAUUGGAAACGCGUCUAUCCCGCCAUCUGGGGGCGAGCUCUAUCGCGUCAAGGACGAGCCUUAAACCAGGUGAACCUGCUCUUAAGCCAGACGAACCUAUCUAGAUCGCUAGAGACAUGCAUCGCCGUCCUCCUGCUUUGCCUUGCGGACUUAUUCGAAGGAACGUCCAGAGCCUGGAAGUGGCAUCUGAAAGCGGCUAGUGCUCUCCUUCGAUCACUAGGCGAACUGGUCCUCGAGAAUACAACCGAGGGGAUGUUUUGUCUUCAACUAUUUCACUACCUUGAUUCCAUGUCAACAAUCUCACGAUGCCGACCACCACUUCGAGGUUCCCCGAGUCUUUACGAUCUCGCUAAUUGCGAUGAUUUAGUCACUUCCGCAACUAGUGACUCAAUUUCUUUUCCGGUUUCGUCAUCUUCUACUGUGAUAUCAGGAGUGGAUCCAAUGCUCCUCAAUUUUAUUGGGAUGGUGAACCUUCUCGCUUCCCACCGAAAGAACCGAGUUGAUGAGCUGUCGGAAAUCGGCUUCCGCGCCGCAGCUACCCGUGUACAAAGACAGCUUGACUCGUGGCGCAGAGAAUAUCAAGAGCAGAACCCGGAUUCGCACGCUUUGGAUGAUGAAAUGCACCAGGCCACAACAGCUUUCGCGUGGGCAAUUCAUCUGCGUCUUCAUCAGAUCGUCGAAGGCUAUGACCUCGACCAUCCGAAUGUGAAGCUGGCUAUUGCUAAUAUUAUGGAGGCGAUGUUGCCUAUCCCAUACGGUAGUCCCGUCGAAGGAAGUCUACUAUUUCCGCUUGUCAUUGCAGGCGCAGGAAGUACAGACAUUGAGGGACAAAUGGUAGUCAAGGAGCGACUGAUGGCCAUGGAGGGUACGCUAGGAUUUGGACACGUUAAACAGGCACGACAGUUACUGGAGACAGUAUGGGCACAGGGUCGAGAACGGAACUGGGCGUUUAUUCGGUUUACACAAUUUCCCGGGUUUGUAUUCGUCUAA